GGAAGGCGUCUAUGGCCGUGGCGGAUAGAUUCAAUGUUGUGGUGUGUUGGGAGUGAGGCCGGGGACCUGUGAGCGACGCGGGAGCGGUAUUGUUUAAAUUAUAAUCUUGGCGAACUGCUUUAAGUCCACUUGGUCUCUUCGGACCGGAGCGUGUCAACGCUUCGUGCGCGGCACAAGAUAACGAACAUGUCAGUCACCCAGCAAGGCGCCGCUCUUCAGGCUUGCAACAACGAGUUGGUCAGCUGUAUUGAUGAGCUCCACGAGAGACGACGCGAGCUGGCUCGCAUCAUCAAGCAAGAAGAAGAAGAGGAGACUCGUUUGCUGCAAAACAUCAGUGUCUUGACGGAUAAAGUAGGACACAUCAGAGAGACCAUAGCUGCUCGGGCCGAGGAAAAAGCCACCCUAGAUCGAGCCAUCGCUGAGGCGAAUGCAACCUAUAUGAAGAUCCUGGAGAGCUCGGAAAGUCUCCUCUCGGUAGUGAAAAACCUUGUAAGGCCACACUGAGAAGAGGACUGGUUCAAUGAACAGACCCCAAAUUACUCCACACGCUUCCCUAAUAUAAUCAUUUUGUAUUUUCACGGUCAACCCAGGCACUGAGGAUGAACAAGCCAGUGCAAUUUUACUUUCAUAGUGCGUAUUCUUUGUCAUGAGUUUUUAAAAUAAAGCUAAUUUUAGAUUACCUCUCCUUGGCACUGUUUUGAUUGCCCGAUUAAUCAGUGAAGACAAUUUAUAGGGAUACGCUGAUACCGAACCUGGAAUAUAGGAUAUUUGACUCCCCGUUCAAACCAGCGUUCCUCCCUAUCAAGGAUGUGCACAUCCUCAUCCUUGAAAGAGUGGCCACUGGCCUGUAGAUGAUUGUAGACUGGGUUCUAUGGGUCCUGACCUGACGAGUUAGCUCUUGGCCUAUAGAUGGGUGUAGACUGGGUCCUAUGGGUCCUGACCUGACGAGUUAGCUCUUGGCCUAUAGAUGGGUGUAGACUGGGUCCUAUGGGUCCUGACCUGACGAGUUAGCUCUUGGCCUAUAGAUGGGUGUAGACUGGGUCCGAUGGGUCCUGACCUGACGAGUUAGCUCUUGGCCUG